AUGGUGGAUUACUAUGAAGUUCUAGGUGUGCAGAGACAUGCCUCACCCGAGGAUAUUAAAAAGGCAUACCGUGAAUUGGCACUGAAGUGGCACCCUGAUAAAAAUCCUGAGAAUAAAGAAGAAGCAGAGAGAAAAUUCAAACAAGUAGCUGAGGCAUGUGAGGUGUUAUCAGAUGCUAAAAAACGGGACAUCGAUGACAAAUAUGGCAAAGAAGGAUUAAAUGGUGGUGGUGGAGGUGGAAGUCAUUUUGACAGUCCAUUUGAGUUUGGCUUUACAUUCCAUAAUCCAGCUGAUGUCUUCAGGAAAUUUUUUGGUGGAAGGGACCCAUUUUCUUUUGGCUUCUUUGAAGACCCGUUUGAGAAGUUUUUUGGAAAUCAAAGAAGCCUCCAUGGAACCAGAAACAGGGGCACAAGAUCUUUUUUCUCUGCCUUCAGUGGAUUUCCAUCUUUUGGAGGUGGAUUUUCUUCUUUCGAUACAGGAUUUACUUCAUUUGGUUCCCUGGGGCAUGGGGGCCUUACUUCAUUUUCUUCAACAUCCUUUGGUGGUAGUAGGAUGGGAAACUUCAAAUCUAUAUCAACUUCUACUAAAAUAGUUAAUGGCAGAAAAAUCACUACAAAGAGAAUUACUGAGAAUGGUCAAGAAAGAGUAGAAGUUGAGGAAGAUGGCCAGUUAAAGUCCUUAACAAUAAAUGGUAAGGAGCAGCUGCUACACUUGGAUAACAAGUAA